UGUAGUACCAAACCUGACCUACGGAGAGCUCUGCAGCUACCUUUCGCCGACGCGCUCUCUUCAACGGAAGUGACGCGAUACGCACUGACGUGGCCGGAAAUCCGCCAUCUUGAAGGAGGAAACGCCUCGGAGUUAAAGAGGAAACUUAUACCCUGUUGUCCUUAAGGAGAAAGAGGCUGUUGAUUUCUUUAGUUUUCUGGUCAGUUUCAGCAAAGUGAAACAACAUCUGUCAAAAUGGGCAAUAUAUUUGCAAAUCUAUUUAAAGUCUUUGGCAAGAAAGAGAUGAGAAUUCUCAUGGUGGGGCUUGAUGCUGCUGGAAAAACGACAAUUCUUUACAAGCUGAAGCUGGGGGAAAUAGUUACAACAAUUCCAACUAUCGGUUUUAACGUUGAAACUGUGGAGUACAAGAAUAUAAGUUUCACUGUUUGGGACGUUGGCGGUCAAGAUAAAAUUCGACCACUGUGGCGUCAUUACUUCCAAAACACACAAGGUCUGAUCUUUGUGGUUGAUAGCAAUGACAGAGAGCGUGUGAAUGAGGCGCGAGAGGAACUCAUGAGAAUGUUGGCUGAAGAUGAGCUCAGGGAAGCCGUCCUGCUAGUGUUCGCCAACAAACAGGACUUACCGAACGCCAUGAACGCCGCCGAAAUCACGGAUAAGCUGGGGCUUCACUCACUCCGGCACAGGAACUGGUACAUUCAGGCCGCGUGUGCCACCAGCGGCGAUGGCCUUUAUGAAGGACUCGACUGGUUGUCCAACCAACUGAAAAACCAGAAAUAAUCACCUCACUCUUCUGUUCUUUCUUUUUAGACCUUCUCAACACUUGCUUUACUCUUAUGUUUUUAAACAGACGGUGCUGGAAGCUGCAUUUGUUUCAUAUCUGAUUAAUGCAGAAGCCCUACAUGGGGAUACAUGCCACGAAAGAUGCGUUGCUCUCGUGUUUAUGGACAUAGCUAUGUUUUUGCUAUGAGGCAGCUGUCUGAGCACCAUUAUGCAAUGUAGACUUAAACUUUUAUCAUUUCUUUCCAUCUUUUUCCUGUUUAUUUUUGAGUCAUCGGGACCGGUCAGAUCUUAUUCGAAUCUUGCACACGUAUUAUGUUAUUGUGCUUAUAUCAUGACUGUCUCUUACAUGUACUGUAAACAGCUGUUUUGUGCGUCUCAAACCAAGUACAGGAAAUUCAACUGUGUGGACACUACCUGAUUCAAUUUAGAGAAAGAGAAGCCAAAAACGAUUAUGCCGUUUCUUUGGCAAGCAUUGACAUGACCUCAAGCUUUACUGUCUGGAGCUAUAGGUAUGAUGUAUAUUAAGCCUGCUAUACAUCUCAUACAUUGUUUUCUGUCUGUUAUCAAACUCCCAAUACACAGCUGUAAACUUUUUGUGCAUGGGAGAACUCGAUGUGGCUCAGGUUAAUCAUGGUUUAUAGCAUGGUGAAUCUCACAAAACAUCAAGAAUAUGUCCAGGUCACAUUUUACUUAUAAAUUAUUUUUAGCUUUAUCUUUAAUCUGUUUCGUGACAUUUUACCCACACCUACCUAUUUUCACUGUAAUCUGUAAUAUUUCACUGUGACCUGUACAUGUUUUUGUUAGAUUUACUUCAUAAAAGAAACUGAAGCAUUGAAUGCACCUAUGAUUAAAGUUAUAUAGCAAAAAUACA